AUGCCAGUGGCCAGUUCUGAGGCUAGCACCCUUUCAACAACUCCUGUUGACACAAGCACACCUGUGACCAUUUCUACUGAAGCCAGUUCAUCACCUCCCACUGCUGAAGUUACCAGCAUGCCAACCUCAACUCCUAGUGAAGGAAGCACUCCAUUAACAGGUAUACCUGUCAGCACCAUGCUGUUGACCAGUUCUGAAAUGAGCACACUUACAACAACUCCUGUUGACAUCAGCACACCUGUGAGCCCUUCUACUGAAGCCAGUUCACCUACUACAACUUCUGAUGGUGCCAGCAUACCAACCUCAACUCCGAGUGAAGGAAGCACUCCUUUAAUAAGUAUGCCUGUCAGCACCACGCCUUUGACCAGUUCUGAGGCUAGCACCCUGUCGACAACUCCUGCUGACAUAAGCACACCUAUCACCACUUCUACUGAAGCCAGUUUAUCUCCUACAACUGCUGAAGGUACCAGCAUACCAAACUCAACUCCUAGUGAAGGAAGCACUCCAUUAACAAGUAUGCCUGUCAGCACCACUUCGGUGGCCAGUUCUGAGGCUAGCACCCUUUCAAAAACCCCUGCUGACUCCAACACUCCGGUGACCACUUCUACUGAAGCCAAUUCAUCUCCUACAAUCACUGAAGGUACCAGUCUGCCGACCUCAACUCCUAGUGAAAGAAGCACUCCAAUAACAAGUAUGCCUGUCAGCACCACGCCGGUGGCCAGUUCUCAGGCUAACACCCUUUCAACAACUCCAGUUGACACCAGCACACCUGUCACCACUUCUACUGAAGCCAAUUCCUCUCCUACGACUGCUGAAGGUACCAGCAUGCCAAUCUCAACUCCUAGUGAAGGAAGUACUCCAUUAACGAGUAUACCUGUCAGCAACAUGCCAGUGGCCAGUUCUGAGGCUAGCACCCUUUCAACAACUCCUGUUGACUCCAACACUCCUUUGACCACUUCUACUGAAGCCAGUUCACCUUCUACAACUGCAGAAGCCAGUUCAUCUCCUACAAUGGCUGACGGUAUCAGCAUGCCAACCUCAACUCCUAGUGAAAGAAGCACUCCAUUAACAAGUGUGCCUCUCAGUACCACGCUGGUGGCCAAUUCUGAGGCUAGCACGCUUUCAACAACUCCUGUUGACACCAGCACACCUGUGACCACUUCUACUGAAGCCCGUUCAUCUCCUACAACUUCUGAAGGGACCAGCAUGCUAACCUCAACUCCUAGUGAAGGAAGCACUCCAUUAACAAGUAUGCCUGACAGCAGCACGCCAGUAGUCAGUCCUGAGGCUAGCACACUUACAGCAACUCCUAUUGACACCAGCACACCUGUCACCACUUCUACUGAAGCCAGUUCAUCUCCUACAACUGCUGAAGGUACCGGCAUGCCAGUCUCAACGCCUAGUGAAGGAAGUACUCCAUUCACAAGUAUCCCUGUCAGCAACACGCCGGUGGCAGGUUCUGAGGCUAGCACCCUUUCAACAACUCCUGUUGACUCCAACACUCCUGUGACCACUUCCAUUGAAGCCAGUUCAUCUCCUCCAACUGCUGAAGUUAACAGCAUGCCAACCUCAACUCCUAGUGAAAGAAGCACUACAUUAGCAAGUAUGCCUGUCAGCACCACGCCGGUGGCCAGUUCUGAGGCUAGCGCCCUUUCAACAACUCCUGUUGACACCAGCACACCUGUGAACACUUCUUCUGAAGCCAGCUCAUCUCCUGCAACUUCUGAAGGUACUAGCAUGCCAACCUCAACUCGUAGUGAAGGAAGCACUCCAUUAACAAGUAUGCCUGUCAGCACCACGACAGUAGUCAGUUCCGAGGCUAGCACCCUUUCAGCAAUUCUGGUUGACACCAGCACACCUGUCACCACUACUACUGAAGCCAGUUUCUCUCCUACAACUGCUGAAGGAACCACUCCAUUAGCAAGUAUGCCGGUCAGCACCACGCCAGUGGCAAGUUCUGAGGCUAGCACCGUUUCAACAACUCCUGUUGACACCAGCACACCUGUGAUCACUUCUACUGAAGGCCAUUCAUCUCCUACAAGUUCUGAAGCAACUCUGGUUGACACCAGCACACCUGUCACCACUACUACUGAAGCCAAUUUCUCUCCUACAACUGCUGAAGCCGGUUCAUCUCCUCCAACUGCGGAAGUUACCAGAAUGCCAACCUCAACUGCUAGUGAAGGAAGCAUUCCAUUAUCAAGUAUGCCUGUCAGCACCACGCUGUUGACCAGUUCUGAGGCUAGCACCCUUUCAACAACUCCUGUUGACACCAGCACACCUGUGACAACUUUUACUGAAGCCAGCUCCUCUCCUACAACUGCUGAAGGUACCGUCAUGCCAAUCUCAACUCCUAGUGAAGGAAGUACUCUAUUAACAAGUAUACCUUUCAGCACCACUCUGGUGGCCAGCCCUGAGGGUAGCACCCUUUCAACAACUCCUGUUGACUCCAACAUUCCUGUGGUCACUUCUACUGAAGUCAGUUCCUCUCCUACACCUGCAGAAGGUACCAGCAUGCCAACCUCAACUUAUAGUGAAGGAAGCACUCCAUUAACAAGUAUGCCUGUCAGCACCACACCAGUGGCCAGUUCUGAAAUCAACACACUUUCAACAACUCCUGUUGACACAAGCACACCCGUGACCACUUCUUCUCAAGCCAGUUCAUCUCCUCCAAUGGCUGACGGUAUCAGCAUGCCAACCUCAACUCCUAGUGAAAGAAGCACUCCAUUAACAAGUAUGCCUGUCAGCAGCACGCUGAUGACCAGUUCUGAAAUGAGCACCCUUUCAACAACUCCUGUUGACACAAGCACACCUGUGACCACUUCUACUGAGGCCAGUUCUCCUACAACUGCUGAAGGUACCGACAUGCCAAUCUCAACUCCUGGUGAAGGAAGUACUCCAUUAACAAGUAUACCUGUCAGCAAAACGCCGGUGGCCAAUUCUGAGGCUAGCACCCUUUCAGCAACUCCUUUUGAUACCAGCACACCUGUGACCACUUCUACUGAAGCCAUUUCCACUCCUACAACUGCGGAAGGUACUGUCAUGCCAAUCUCAACUCCUAGUGAAGGAGGUACUCUAUUAACAAAUGUACCUGUCAGCACCACGCUGGUGGCCAGUCCUGAGGCUAGCACCCUUUCAACAACCCCUGUUGACUCCAACAGUCCUGGGGUCACUUCUACUGAAGUCAGUUCGUCUCCUACACCUGCUGAAGAUACCAGCAUGCGAACCUCAACUUAUAGUGAAGGAAGCAUUCCAUUAACAAGUAUGCCUGUCAGCACCACACCAGUGGCCAGUUCUGAAAUCAGCACCCUUUCAACAACUCCUGUUGACACAAGCACACCUGUGACCACUUCUUCUCAAGCCAGUUCAUCCGCUACAAUGGCUGAUGGUAUCAGCAUGCCAACCUCAACUCCUAGUGAAAGAAGCACUCCAUUAACAGGUAUGCCUGUCAGCACCACGCUGGUGGCCAUUUCUGAGGCUAGCACCCUUUCAACAACUGCUGUUGACACCAGCACACCUGUCACCACUUCUACUGAAGCCCGUUCAUCUCCUACAACUUCUGAAGGUACCAGCAUGCCAACCUCAACUCCUAGUGAAGCAAGCACUCCAUUAACAAGUAUGCCUGUCAGCACCACACCAGUAGUCAGUUCUGAGGCUAGCACCCUUUCAGCAACUCCUGUUGACACCAGCACACCUGUCACCACUUAUAAUGAAGCAAGUUCAUCUCCUGCAACUGCUGAAGGUACCAGCACACCAACCUCAACUCCUAGUGAAGGAACGACUCCAUUAGCAAGUAUGCCUGUCAGCACCACGCCAUUGACCAAUUCUGAGGCUAGCACCCUUUCAGAAACUCCUGUUGACUCCAACACUCCUUUAACCACUUCUACUGAAGCCAGUUCUUUUCCUCCCACUGCUGAAGUUACCAGCUUGCCAACCUCAACUCCUAGUGAAGGAAGCACUCCAUUAACAAGUAUGCCUGUCAGCACCACGCCGUUGACCAGUUUUAAAACGAGCACCCUUUCACCAACUCCUGUUGACACCAGCACACCUGUCACCACUUCUACUGAAGCCAGUUCCUCUCCUACAACUGCUGAAGGUACCGGCAUGACAAUCUCAACUCCUAGUGAAGGAAGUACUCCAUUAACAAGUAUACCUGUCAGCAACACGCUAGUGGCCAGUUCUGAGUCUAGCACCCUUUCAACAACUCCUGUUGACACCAGCACACCUGUGACCACUUCUUCUCAAGCCAGUUCAUCUCGUACAACGGCUGAUAGUGUAAGUAUGCCAACCAGAACUCCUAGUGAAGAAAGCACUCCAUUAACAAGUAUCCCUGUCAGCACCACCUCAAUGGCCAGUUCUGAGGCUAGCACCGUUUCAACCAUGCCUAUUGAAACCACCACACGUGUCCCCGUUUCCACUGAAGCCCGUUUAUCUCCUACAACUGCUGAAGGUACCAGCAUGCCAACCUCAACUUAUACUGAAGGAAGCAGUCCAUUGACAAGUACGCCUGUCAACAUCACACCGUUGACCAGUUCUGAGGCUAGCACCCUUUCAACAACUGCUGUUGACACCAGCACACCUGUGACCACUUCUUCUCAAGGCAGUUCAUCUCGUACAAUGGAUGAUAUUGCCAGUAUGCCAACCAGAUCUCCUAGUGAGGAAAGCACUCCAUUAACAAGUAUCCGUGUCAGCACCACCUCAAUGGCCAGUUCUGAGGCUAGCACCCUUUCAACAACUCCUGUUGACAACACUCCUGUGACCACUUCUACUGAAGCCAGUUCAUCUCCUCCAACUGCUGAAGUUACCAGCAUGCCAACCUCAACUCCUGGUGAAAGAAGCACUCCAUUAACAAGUAUGUCUGUCAGCACCACGCCUGUGGCCAGUUCUGAGGCUAGCGCCCUUUCCACAACCCCUGCUAACACCAGCACACCUGUGACCCCUUCUACUGAAGCCAGUUCCUCUCCUACUACUGCUGAAGGUAGUGGCACGCCAAUCUCAACUCCUAGCGAAGGAAGUACUCCAUUAAUAAGUAUACCUGUCAGCAACACGCCGUUGGCCAGUUCUGAGGCUAGCACCGUUUCCACAACUCCUGUUGACACCAGCACUGCUGUGACCACUUCUACUGAAGCCCGUUCAUCUCCUACAACUUCUGAAGGUAGCAGCAUGCCAACCUCAACUCCUAGUGAAGGAAGCACUCCAUUAACAAGUAUGCCUGUCAGCACCACGCCGGUAGUCAGUUCUGAGGCUAGCACCCUUUCAGCAACUCCAGUUGACACCAGCACACCUGUCACCACUUCUACUGAAGCAAGUUCAUGUCCUACAACUGCUGAAGGUACCAGCAUACCAACCUCAACUGCUAGUGAAGGAACGACUCCUUUAGCAAGUAUGCCUGUCAGCAACACGCCAUUGACCAGUUCUGAGGCUGGCACCCUUUCAAUAACUCCUGUUGACUCCAACACUCCUUUGACCACUUCUACUGAGGCCAGUUCAUCUCCUCCUACUGCUGAAGUUACCAGCAUGCCAACCUCAACUCCUAGCGAAGGAAGCACUCCAUUAACAAGUAUGCCUGUCAGCACCACGCCGGUGGCCAGUUCUGAGGCUGGCACCCUUUCAACAACUCCUGUUGACACCAGCACACCUGUCACCACUUCUACUGAAGGCAGUUUCUCGCCUACAAGUGCUGAAGGUAGCAGCAUGGCAAUCUCAACUCCUAGUGAAGGAAGUACUCCCUUAACAAGUAUACCUGUCAGCAACACGCUGGUGGCCAGUUCUGAGGCUAGCACCCUUUCAACAACUGCUGUUGACUCCUACUCUCCUUUGAUCACUUCUACUGAAGCCAGUUCAUCUCCUCCCACUGCUGAAGUUACCAGCAUGCCAACCUCAACUCCUAGUGAAAGAAGCACUCCAUUAACAAGUAUGUCUGUCAGCACCACCACGGUGGCCAGUUCUGAAACGAGCACCCUUUCAACAACUCCUGUUGACACCAGCACACCGGUGACUACUUCUACUCAAGCCAGUUCAUCUCCUACAACUGCUGCAGUUACCAGCAUGCCAACCUCAACUGCUAGUGAAGGAAGAACUCCAUUAACAAGUAUUCCUGUCAGCACCACGCCGGUGGCCAGUUCUGAGGCUAAAACCCUUUCCACAACUCCUGUUGACUCCAACACUCUUGUUACCAGUUCUAGUCAAUCCAGUUCAUCUCCAGCAACUCUUCAGGUCAGCACUAUGCGUAUGUCUACUCCAAGUGAAGGAAGCCCUUCAUUAACAACUAUGCCCCUCAGCAGCACACAUGUGACCAGUUCUGAGGCUAGCACACCUUCCACACCUUCUGUUGACAGAAGCACACCUGUGACCACUUCUACUCUGACCAGUUCUACUCCUACACCUCCUGAAGGUAUAACCCUGCCAAUGUCAACUCCUAGUGAUGUAAGCACUCCGUUUACAAUUAUGCCUGUCAGCACCACAUCAGUGACCAUUUCUGAGGCUGGCACAGCUUCAACACCUCCUGUUGACACCAGCACACCUGUGACCACUUCUACCCAAGUCAGUUCAUCUCCUAUGACUCCUGAGGGUACCAACAUGCCAAUCUGGACUCCUAGUGAAGGAAGCACUCCAUUAACAGCUAUGCCUGUCAGCACCACACGUGUGACCAGCUCUGCGGGUAGCACCCUUUCAACACCUUCUGUUGUCACCAGCACACCUGUGACCACUUCUACUGAAGCCAUUUCAUCUUCUGCAACUCUUGACAGCAGCACCAUGUCUGUGUCAAUGCCCACGGAAAUAAGCACCCUUGGGACCACUAUUCUUGUCAGUAUCACACCUGUUACAAGGUUUCCUGAGAGUAGCACCCCUUCCAUACCAUCUGUUGACACCAGCAUGUCCAUGACCACUGCCUCUGAAGGCAGUUCAUCUCCUACAACUCUUGAAGGCACCACCAUGCCUAUGUCAACUACGAGUGAAAGAAGCACUUUAUUGACAACUCUCCUCAUCAGCCCUAUAUCUGUGACGAGUCCUUCUGAGGCCAGCACACUUUCAACACCUCCUGGUGAUACCAGCACACCUUUGCUCACCUCUACCGAAGCCGGUUCAUCCUCCAUACCUGCUGAAGUCACUACCAUACGCAUUUCAACUACCAGUGAAAGAAGCACUCCAUUAACAACUCUCCUUGUCAGCACCACACUUCCAACUAGCUUUCCUGGGGCCAGCACAGCUUCGACACUUCCUCUUGACACAAGCACAACUUUUACCCCAUCUACUGACGCUGCCUCAACUCCCACAAUUCCUGUAGCCACCACCAUAUCUGUAUCAGUGACCACAGAAGGAACCACACCUGGGACAACCAUUUUUAUUCCCAGCACUCCUGUCACCAGUUCUACUGCUGAUGUCAUUCCUGCAACAACUGGUGCUGUAUCUACCUCUGUGAUAACUUCCACUGAACUAAACACACCAUCAACUUCUAGUAGUAGUACCACCACAUCUUUUUCAACUACUAAGGAAUUUACAACAACUGCAAUGACUACUGCAGCUCCCCUCACAUAUGUGACCAUGUCUACUGCCGCCAGCACACCCAGCACAACCAGCAGAGGCUCCACUAUUUCUGCAUCAAUGCUUUCUGCAACCAGUACACCUCACGCCUCUACUUCUGUCGCCACCCCUUCUGUGAUCCCUUCAUCAGAAUCCAGCAGGCCGUCAACAAUUACUUCUCACACCAUCCCACCUAUAUUUCCUCCUGCUCACUCCAGUACACCUCCAACAACUUCUGCCUCAUCCAUGACUGUGAACCCUGAGGCUGUCACUACCAUGACCACCAGGACAAAACCCAGCACAUGGAUCACUUCCUCCCCCACGGUGACCACCACCACUGUCCCCACGACUACUCCUACAAUUAAGAGCAACCCCACCUCAACUCCUACUGUGACAACAACCACACAAUGCUUUGGAGAUCAGUGCCAGAAUACGGCCUCUCGCUGCAAGAAUGGAGGCACCUGGGAUGGGCUCAAGUGCCAGUGUCCCAGCCUCUAUCACGGGGAGUUGUGUGAGGACGUGGUCAGCAUCAUUGACAUAGGGCCACCGGAGACUAUCUCUGCCCAAAUGGAACUGACUGUGACAGUGACCAGUGUGAAGUUCACCGAAGAGCUAAAAGACCACUCUUCCCAGAAAUUCCGGGAGUUCAAUCAGACAUUCACGGAACAGAUGAACAUUGUGUAUUCCGGGAUCCCUGAGUAUGUCGGGGUGAAUAUCACAAGGCUACGUCUUGGCAGUGUGGUGGUGGAGCAUGACGUCCUCCUAAGAACCAAGUACACACCAGAAUACAAGGCAGUAUUGGACAAUGCCACUGAAGUAGUGAAACAGAAAAUCAAAAAUGUGACCGCGGAGCAAAUAAUGAUUAAUGAUAAUUGCUCAGCCAUGAUGUGUUUCAACACCACUGGCACCCAAGUGCAAAACAUUACGGUGACCCAGUAUGACCCUGAAGAGGACUGCCGGAAGAUGGCCAAGGAAUAUGGAGACUACUUCGUAGUGGAGUACCGGGACCAGAAGCCAUACUGCAUCAGCCCCUGUGAGUCUGACUUCAAUAUCUCCAAGAACUGUAACUUCGGCAAGUGCCAGAUGUUUCGAAGUGGACCCCGGUGCCUCUGCGUGACCACGGAAACUCACUGGUACAGUGGGGAGGCCUGUAACCAGGGCACCCGGAAGAGUCUGGUGUACGGCCUCGUGGGGGCAGGGGUCGCACUGGUGCUGAUCAUCCUGGUAGCUCUCCUGAUGCUUGUUUUCCGCUCCAAGAGAGAGGUGAAACGGCAAAAGUACAGAUUGUCUCAGUUGUACAAGUGGCAAGAAGAGGAUGGUGGGCCAGCUCCUGGGACCUUCCAAAACAUUGGCUUUGACAUCUGCCAAGAUGAUGAUUCCAUCCACCUGGAGUCCAUCUAUAGUAAUUUCCAGCCCUCCUUGAGAAACAUAGACCCUGAAACAAAGAUCCGAAUUCAGAGGCCUCAGGUAAUGACGACAUCAUUUUAAGGCACGGAACUGAGAAGUCUGGGAGUGAGGAGAUCCCAGUCCGGCUAAGCUUGGUGGAGCAUUUCCCCAUUGAGAGCCUUCCAUGGGAACUCAACGUUCACAUUGUAAGUACAGGUAACAAGCCCUGUACUUACCAAGGAGAAAGAGGAGAGAGACAGCAGUGCUGGGAGAUUCUCAAAAAGAAACCCGUGGAAGCUCCAAUGGGCUUGUCAUGAUAUCAGGCUAGGCUUUCCCACUCAUUUUUCAAAGACGCUCCAGAUUUGGGGGUGCUCUGACUGCAACAUCUAUCACCCCAUUGAUCGCCAGGAUUGAUUUGGCUGAUCUGGCUGGGUAGGCGGGUGUCCCCGUCCUCCCUCGCUGCCCCAUGUGUGUCCCUCCUAAAGCUGCAUGUUCAGUUGAAGAGGACGAGAGGACGACCUUCUCUGAUACAGGAGGACCACGCUUCAGUCAAAGGCAUACAAGUAUCUGGACUUCCCUGCUAGCACUUCCAAAUAAGCUCAGAGAGGUUCCUCCUCUCGCCUGCCCGGGUUCAGUACCAUGGACAGCGCCCUCGACGAGCUGUUUACAACCGUGACCCCUUGGACGCUGGACUGCAUGCACUUUACAUUUCACAAAAUGCUCUCAUAAGAAUUAUUGCAUAUCAUCUUCAUGAAAAACACCUGUGUUUAAAUAUAGAGCAUUUACCUUUGGUA